AUGUCCACCUCGCAAGAAGAAAGCAAGCCCGCCUCGACGACCGACGAAAAGUCGCGCCGCGCGAGCAGUGAUGCCGCCGCGGCCCCGGAACUGGGCUACACUCCAGCGUCCGCCGGCUACCCCGGCGACGGCGCCGAGCACACGUACCACCGGCCUGCGAAGUGGUCCUGGGCGGCGAUCAAGCACUGGAUCACGGACCGCGACCUGCACGUGUGGUGGAUGUCGUUUGGCUUCACGCUGCUCUUCACCUCGUACCCCAUCCAAGGCGUCCAGACGAUCCGCUUCCCCACGACGGGCAGCUAUAUCCUCAUCGUGCUCUAUUCUGCGUACCUCGUCACGUCGAUGUGGGCGACGUUCUUCCUGUCCUGGUGGGGGCUCGAGUGGUGCCUGCCGUGGGGGCCCAUCUCGUACGCAACCUGGAUCGCGUGCAUGUUCGGCGGGAACACGGCGGCGAAUCUCGUGGGCGCGGCGUUCUUUGGCUGGGGCGCUGGUAUUCUGUGGCCCGCUGCCGGCCAGCUCAUCGCCGCCGUCUCGACGCCACACAACCGCGCGACCAACGCCGGUAUCUACCAGUGCGCGUUCCACGUCGGCGUGUGGGCCGGCGGCCUCAUCCUCGGCGCGGUGGAGAAGACGUUCUCAAACUACAACUACCAGUACGCCGUGUUCGUCAGUCUGGCAGGCACGGCGGCCGUGUGCAUGAUCCUGCACGCGUUCUCCUUCCGGCGCCGGUUCCGCCGCAACCCGAAGGAAGCCGCCGCAGAGGAGGCGGUGGCCGGGAGCGACCCCUCGCACGCGCACGGCGCCGUGGCCCGCGUGCAGCUCGACGACGGGACAGUCGAGUACCGCGCCUUCGACGUGCGCGACAUCAAGUCCGAGUCGGCAGUCGUGCAGGACCUCGCGCUGAGUGGCGGACGCAGCGGCCGCGUGCGUCUCGACAAGGAGUACUUCACCACCAACUUCUGGAACCCGGUCAAGAUGCUCUGGAACCCCGUGUUCGGGCCGCUCGGCCCCGCCAUCUUCGUGACCGGCGGCAUCACGCAGGGGUGGUUCAACGCGAGCUUCAACAAGAUCGUGUACCAGGUCGGCGGGGAGUGGAACGGGUGGAUCUAUGCGAUCUCCGAGUCGUGGGCGAUCGUCGCCUCCAUCGUCUUCGGGCUGUUCUACGACCGCCUGAGGAGCAACUACAUCGCCAAGCGGUACCGCUGGGUCAUGUACGUCUACGUCGUGGCAUACUACGGCCUCUGUGGGCUCGCGCUCGCGAGCCACUACCUCGGCCAGCGGGGAAUCGGACACGGACCGGGCCAGACGUCCCCGGCCCACUUCAAGGUCGUGCUCUCCUUCACCGGCGCAUUCUACAACAUCCAGCUCCUCGCGCUCGAGGUCAGCAUCCUGACGUACCUGUCCACCUUCUUGACCUACAACGCCGACGUCGCCUUCUCGUCCAAGAUUGCGUGCGAGGCAGGCGGGUACCUCCUGGUGUUUGGGCUCGUCAACGUCCUGUCACCAAAGUGGAUGAUCGUGCUGUUGUUCUGCGUCGGCCCGCCCGCGCACUUGGUAUACCUCUUUGGAUGGCACGCGCCGGAGAGGCCCGUGGCGGAGAUUGUUGGUGGGGUCGGGGAGGCCCAGGCUGGGGCCGAGGUUGGGGCUGAGGCCGAGGCGCACGCUCCGGCUGCCCAGGCGACCGAGAAGUAG